AUGCCACCAGCUUUAAUUAUGCUGAAACAGAUGGUGGCUGAACCAGCAGAAGUCGUCGCAUUACCUCCAUCGGAUCCUCGCUCUUCAACGUUUCUGCAUCUAUUCAGUAUGGAAAUUAUCCAGACAUUCAGCGACGUCUCUAAUUUGUCGCAUCUGGAGCAGUUUCAACAGUAUUUCUAUUUUGAAGAUAGUGACCUUGCCGAUGUACACUACAUCAUGGAUGAAAUUAAAAGUGCUGAUAACGAGGGCAGAAAGGUAAUCGCCCUUGAAUACUUUCUAGAUGUUGUGUUCGACAAUCCAGAAGCUGUGGAGAAACUCGACAACACUAUUCGAAGAGUGAACCCACGGUUGUGGAACGAUGCACAUCUGGCUACUGUGAAAAGUGACUCAUGCGUAUUUAAGCUGUUCAUGGAGAAGUUUUUCCCGGAAGGAGAAGAGCAACUGUUUAUGUUAGAUAGAUGUGCUGCCGCUCUUGAGCCGGAAUUUUUCGUGACAUCUCUUGAAAAAAUAAACAACCCUUAUCCGGAACUGUUGCCGAAAACACUGAUACCACCUGUGAAUGAUGAUAAAAAAAUCGAUCAUCGUCACUGGGCUGCCUGUAUUUUACGCACUCUACCACAUCUCAUUCGUAACACAGAUGACUGGUUUUAUGAUUUUGUCGAAGCAUGCUCUAAAGAUCCAUAUAAUCGAGCGGUACUAUGGUUCCUGUUGCCUAACUACGAAGAAGUUCUUGAGAAUCGUCUCAUUGAAAGGCGACGACGACAAGGUUUUCGAAACAUCAGAGAUGAGGGUAUUAUUGGUGAGAUAGAAAUAGUGACAACUAUGCGCAAGCCGAGUGAUUAUGCGAAGUACAGGGCAAGCGAUUACGAUGAUGUGCAAGAGCCGGAAACCCUUAUUUUGAGACCUUACCAAGAAGAAUUGGUGGAGACAGCACUGAGGGGCAAAAAUGUCAUAGCUUGUGCCCCGACAGGUUCUGGUAAGACCGAAGUGUGUAUCUACGUGGCAAUAUCUCAUCUUGAUGCCAAGGCAGAAAUGAAUGAACCAGCGAGAGUUGCUAUGUUGGUGCCACGGAUUCCUCUAGUAGACCAGCAGAAGCAUCGGUUCCACAAGUACGUCCGUGGAAAAUACUAUGUCGAGGGAUUUCAUGGUUCAGAAGGUUCGAAAGGUACAUCCAGGCGUGAUACAGUACUCGCAAGCGAUAUCGUAGUGAUGACCCCACAGAUCAUGUUGAAUAUGUUGAAAUCAGUGCGACAAGAUGAGCGUGUAUAUGUGUGUGAUUUUUCGCUUUUGAUUUUCGAUGAGGUUCAUCAUUGCGUAAAAGAACAUCCGUACAAUAUUUUAAUGCAAACGGUGCAUGACUAUCAAGGUCCGAAGCCGCAGACAAUGGGCUUAACAGCUUCGUUAGGAGUAGGAAUGGCGACUAGUGAUGAAAGUGGAAUGGCUUCUAUCUACGAGCUUAUGGCUAACAUCGGUGCGACUUCGUUGGCUUCUGUUAAGAGACACCUCGACAUACUGGAACAGUAUGUGCCAAAGCCUGUUGAUACUACAAAGAAAGUGGACCGCCCACCUAUGGAAAAAUCCCCAUUUCUCCGUGCUGUAAUCAAUAUAAUGGAAAAAAUACAGCGAGACAUAGAACCGCAGCUGAAGAAACUUACGCAAGACAAUCAAACAAGUUACAAACUUUCAAAGGAAGAGGUAAAAUUCGAAGAUCCCCUCGCAACAGAGAAAUACAUCCAGAAGGUGAACACAUUGACAACCACUCUUGGAAGAAUCCGUAGCGGAGAUUUCAAAUUUGAACCAAGUAUUGCGCUAGAGUAUCUCGGAGUCUUAAGUCAAGGAAUAUCCAUCAAUGAUCUGAUGCCAGCACGAUACGCUUUGGAAUACUUGACGAGGAACCUCAGAGAACUGAGCAAGAAGUUCGAAGUUGAGUGCUCGCAAAGAUUCUAUCAGUAUUUCGCUCAGAAUGAAGCGUUGUCUGGUUUUGCGGAACAGGAACGUUAUAAACCUAUUGUGAAGGCAUUAGAGAGCGAACUGAAGGAGCAAUUCGAGAAAGACAACAAUUCGCGCGCCAUUGUUUUCGUCACCCGUCGAUCCACAGCAGUAGAGUUGAUGAAUUACCUGAACAGGGAAGAAGUACUUGGACGACAUGAUGUAGUAGGAUUUGUUACUAGCACAUCAAAGAAAAGCACCGAAUAUGGCCAGACCAAGGAGGAGCAGCAGAGAGCCCUGGAUGAUUUCAGUCGAGGGAAAAAGAAGGUCCUUAUCGCCACAGCAGUUGUUGAAGAAGGUCUGGAUGUGAGCACUUGUAACUUGAUUAUCAAAUACAAUAGCUCUAGUAAUGCUGUGCAAAGAGUUCAAAGAAGAGGAAGAGCUCGUGCACGUGACAGCCGGUCUGUCCUUAUUGUUCUAUCCGAGAAUGUCGCACAAACGGAAUAUCAAGCAAUUAUGGCCGAAAAGAUCAUGAAUAAAUGCGUUAAACGCAUUCAGGAACAGGGUGAAAAGGCACUUGAGAAGCGAGUGAAGGAAGUAAUGGAGAGACAGAUGAAGGAACGAAAAAUCAUUGUCGAGCAUAAAAUGAAGGCGUUAGAGGCGCUGAAGGACAAAUUGUUUACCAUUCGUUGCAAAAUUGAUAGUCAAGAUGUAUGUAGCAGCACAUAUGUACGUACUAUCAACGGAUCCAGCUAUGUAUGUGUCGAUCCAACUAUUUGGAGUCGCUUACAGAUUAAAACUAAGGAGAUAUCCACGAAGAUGAAAUUUGUUGACGAAAUGACGCAAAUUUUGGCCGAGGUGCACUGUAAUUGCGGUCAGACAGUGGGGACAGUGAUGAAAUAUGCCGGUACUUACCUUCCAACACUGAAUAUCAGUAAUUUGAUUUUUUACGAGAGAAUCGAAGGUAAAGAAGCUUCUGGUGAGGCGAUAAAUAGUUGGUCAAAGGCGAACGAUCGAUUCUGGAUCCCAGAAGCAACCGAGAAGGAAUUGCGGCAAAUGCUACUGUCAUUGGCUGCAGAAGAUAGCGAAAAUAAGAUUGUUUUGGAUGUGAUGUGCGAUAAGAUGAUCGCAGUUCAGGAGAAGUUAUUGGAAAAAGAACGGAAGAAGAAGGAAGGGACUACGCGGAUCAAAACCGAAUGGGAGUAA